ACAAGCAAAUGACCGUUAGCGCCGUUGGAGUCCGCAAUAAAACUUCAGACCGCGCGAACGUAGCCUACGAAGCGACGGACAAUGGAAGUGCAGAGGUGGAUGACAGGAGGCGCUCGACGAGCAAGAAUACCUGACCGAUUGAGUUCAAAGAUCGAAGCGCUCAUGUAGACGCCACCAAUUCGGUGGUCUGUUGGUCACCAAAGGGAGAAGCGAGAGCCAGGCCUUGCGAUUUGGAGAGCGCAUGACGCACUCGUGUAACGUGCACGAAGUCAAAGCCACUACUGACUCCAUAAGUCAGCAUGGCUAGAGGUCAGGUAUACACGACGACGUUUCGACAGUGGAUUUUUGCAGAACAGUCGGUAUAUGCGCAAGAGUGAGACCGAGCAGAGAACAUCAAGGCGCGAACAGUCCACAAGCGCCCUCGCUCAUAGGUGACCACAGUCACAGGGCGGCAGCUCCCGACGUUACACUACUUAAGUAAUCGUGGCCGACGCAAUCAUGGGCCUGCAUUACCCGUGAACAACUCUGGUCGAUCGCGCUUGAGAACAAACUCCGUCUGUGAGAGACAUAACAGUUGAUAUACGAGGUGCAUCCAUGUGCCACUCGGUGGAACAGCCAGACUUGAUCAUGAAGGGCCUUCCCUCUGUCCUCGGCAAGUGUCAAAACCCGUUCGAAGCAGAUCAAGUGCGCCACCUUCUGAUUCAUUCUGCAUCAAUGAACUCUGGUGUCGACGGGGAUGAUUUUCUGGAUUCCAGGGACGCUGAUGAAAC